GCAUCCUCUCUCUUCCUCUCCCGCAGUUAUAAAUUUUAAUUUCAUUAUUUUUUUUGUUCCUUCUCUUUCUUUUUUUUUAUGAUACUGAGUUUGUUAACUUAAUCGUUCCAUGGCGUCGGCAAGGAAAGACAUGGAUCGGACCAAGGGUCCAUGGAGCCCCGAAGAGGACGACGCGUUACAGAAGCUAGUUGAAACCCACGGGGCAAGGAACUGGUCUCUGAUCAGCAAAUCCAUUCCGGGUCGAUCCGGUAAAUCGUGCCGUCUCCGGUGGUGCAACCAGCUGUCGCCGGAGGUGGAGCACAGGCCUUUUACGGCGGAGGAGGACGACACCAUCAUAAGAGCGCACGCCAGGUUGGGAAACAAGUGGGCCACCAUAUCUCGCCUCCUUAACGGUCGCACAGAUAACGCCGUUAAGAAUCAUUGGAAUUCCACUCUGAAAAGGAAAUGCCCUUCCCUCACAACCGAUCCCGAUUCGCGUGAUCAUCAACCCCUCAAAAGAUCCUCCAGUGUCGGUGCGGGCUAUUUAAACCCGAGUAGCCCAUCCGGAUCCGAUUUGAGCGAUCCUGGUUUGCCCGCUAUGUCCACACCUCCCUCUCAGGUUAACGUUUGCAGACCCAUUGCCGUGGUUCCCUCAAUCCACCUAUUCGAAACUGCGUCUUCGGUUAAUGAUCCACUAACCUCUCUUAGCUUAUCACUGCCCGGGUUCAGUUCCCCCAACAACGGGUCCGGGUCUGGGUCGAACCAUGGAUUCAGUUCCAGCCCAACCCAGGUGAUCCAGACGAGACCACCGUCACCACCGCCGGCUCAGAGCAGCGACGACCGUGGGAAGCAGAUGUUCGACGCGGAAUUCUUGGCGGUGAUGCAAGAGAUGAUUAGGAAGGAAGUGAGGAGUUACAUGUCAGGGAUUGAGCAGAAUGGACUGUGCAUGCAGACUGAAGCCAUUAGAAACGCUGUGGUGAAGCGUAUGGGAAUUAGCAACGUCGAGUAGAGAGGGAAAAGACGGUGGUGUCCCUUCGGAAUUCGAAUCAGCCAGCUGGCCACGAAUCGCAGAGUAGUGGAACGGUGUUUGUUUUUUUUUUUUUUUUCUUAGUUUAAUUUUAAUUUCCCUUUCCUCAAGGGUUAAAAAAAUGAUAAUAAUUUUCGUACUGUAUGUACAUAACGACAAAUCGAGGAUAUCAGAACUGAACGGUAAUCAAUUUAAUACUGCAUUCUGUUUAUUUGUUAGGAAACACGGUCUAAUUUAAAGAGCAAUUUUAUUUGCUACAAAAUAAUUCUUACCGAGAUGAUUGCGUCUAAUUCGCAAUCAGAUGAUCUUAUAUAAAAGAUCAAAAAAAUUUAAAAAA